AUGCAAGAUGAGCAUUACCACUUCCAAACAAAACGUCUUCGAACGGACUCAACAUGCUUAGGUGAUACCCCAUCGAUUUCCCAUUUGUUCGAGAGCACAUUAACCACCGAAGCUGCUAAUAACAAGGAGACCAUCAACUGUCUGAUCGGCACACUUCAACGUUUGAGGCAUCAUUGGAGUGAGCGACGGCAGCAGCCCGCAACAUCAACAACAGAUUGGGCGGGGACACCAUCAGGUCCGUCAAGCGCUGGUGAGUCCACUUCGCAAGCGGAAUCACCGCCUCCGAAGACUAGCCCCGGUCGGGACCACACUGUCGAAGACUCUGCCAUUUUCGACGCUGUCAAAGAGGAUCUGGAGAUCAACACCUGCAGUCUUGCGACGGGACUCGGGUGUCGCCAAUCAACAGUCGCUUUCCCAGCCAAGAAAAUCUUCGCCAAGUUUGAAGAAGCCGAACGGGUAGUCAACGACUUCUUCGACUCCCAGUCUCCCCAGUUCUGGGAGAAAUGGAUCGCUGAUCUGCCCAUUAUGUGGGACACUGUUGUAAUCAAUAAUGCAACUACUGCUCAUUGCUGUACGAGCACGUCAUUAGCUCGAGAAAAUGCUAAUCAACUUGUUGCGACGUCGGCAGCAAAUAUUUCAAAUCCACAUUCCAUGGAGUCCAGAGAUAUACAGGCAUGGGACAGUACCAGCCUCCAAGGGUUCACAUUCAAUCAACAAGUGCAACAGCGACAGAUGCAGCAACCAUUCACAUUUUCUCAAAUCUGCUACGAUCCGAACAAAACUAAUCUCUUGAAUGCAAGGACUCGUGUGCUCAACCAUGCACCGGACUACUCUUCAUCUACUAGCAAGAAUCUAACUUCUCAACUUAUAACAACCGGCGCAGAUUCAUGUUAUCAUGGCCUUAAACUAGAUGAAAUUAUGGGUAAAACGAAGUCAACACAUGGAAAUCAAACGGACAGUUCUUUAGUCGCGAAUUAUUUGACGAUGUUCAACAGCCAACCCCAAUGCGCAGGAGUUCCAGUCACUUCUGCUGUGAAUGGUGUCCCUUCGUCACAGAUGCUUGCAGUACGACCACUUCCGAGGCAACGAAAGAUAUUUUUCAACUACAUGGGAAUUCUAUGUUCUCAGAAAAAAAUGAAUGUUUCAGAUUGCAGAAAGAUUUUUGUAUCGAUACAGAAGCAGCCUCAUCUCCAUGGUUCGACUUCGACAAUGUGGUUCAGCAAGGUGCAGCUACUAAAUAACCAGCAUCUGGAGCCGGUCUACGAAGAGGAUGCAAAAGAACAAGACACUGUCAUCGUAGACUGCUCGGACCGAGAGUGCAACGAAUGGUCAAUCUACAGCGUCCCUCUACCAACCCAACUACAUGUCAGAUGUCAUUGUUUCCAAAACAAACCCUGA